AUGUCUUCCCCAAGGGCAAAGCUCACCUCUCUGACCUCCUCCAUCAUCACUGCCCCUGCCACAGACUCAGAGCCACAGACUCAGAGCCACAGACUCAGACCCACAGACUCAGAGCCACAGACUCAGAGCCACAGACUCAGACCCACAGACUCAGACCCACAGACUCAGACCCACAGACUCAGACCCACAGACUCAGACCCACAGACUCAGACCCACAGACUCAGACCCACAGACUCAGACCCACAGACUCAGACCCACAGACUCAGAGCCGCAGACUCAGACCCACAGACUCAGACCCACAGACUCAGACCCACAGACUCAGACCCACAGACUCAGACCCACAGACUCAGAGCCACAGACUCAGAGCCACAGACUCAGACCCACAGACUCAGACCCACAGACUCAGACCCACAGACUCAGACCCACAGACUCAGAGCCACAGACUCAGACCCACAGACUCAGAGCCACAGACUCAGAGCCACAGACUCAGAGCCACAGACUCAGAGCCACAGACUCAGACCCACAGACUCAGACCCACAGACUCAGACCCACAGACUCAGACCCACAGACUCAGACCCACAGACUCAGACCCACAGACUCAGACCCACAGACUCAGACCCACAGACUCAGAGCCACAGACUCAGAGCCACAGACUCAGACCCACAGACUCAGACCCACAGACUCAGACCCACAGACUCAGAGCCACAGACUCAGAGCCACAGACUCAGAGCCACAGACUCAGAGCCACAGACUCAGACCCACAGACUCAGACCCACAGACUCAGACCCACAGACUCAGACCCACAGACUCAGAGCCACAGACUCAGACCCACAGACUCAGAGCCACAGACUCAGAGCCACAGACUCAGAGCCACAGACUCAGAGCCACAGACUCAGAGCCACAGACUCAGAGCCACAGACUCAGACCCACAGACUCAGACCCACAGACUCAGACCCACAGACUCAGACCCACAGACUCAGAUCCACUGACUCAGAGCCACAGACUCAGACCCACAGACUCAGACCCACAGACUCAGAGCCACAGACUCAGACCCACAGACUCAGACCCACAGACUCAGACCCACAGACUCAGAGCCACAGACUCAGACCCACAGACUCAGACCCACAGACUCAGAGCCACAGACUCAGAGCCACAGACUCAGAGCCACAGACUCAGAGACACAGACUCAGACCCACAGACUCAGACCCACAGACUCAGACCCACAGACUCAGACCCACAGACUCAGAUCCACUGACUCAGAGCCACAGACUCAGACCCACAGACUCAGACCCACAGACUCAGACCCACAGACUCAGACCCACAGACUCAGACCCACAGACUCAGACCCACAGACUCAGACCCACAGACUCAGAGCCACAGACUCAGAGCCACAGACUCAGACCCACAGACUCAGACCCACAGACUCAGACCCACAGACUCAGACCCACAGACUCAGAGCCACAGACUCAGAGCCACAGACUCAGAGCCACAGACUCAGACCCACAGACUCAGACCCACAGACUCAGACCCACAGACUCAGAGCCACAGACUCAGAGCCACAGACUCAGAGCCACAGACUCAGAGCCACAGACUCAGAGCCACAGACUCAGACCCACAGACUCAGAGCCACAGACUCAGAGCCACAGACUCAGAGCCACAGACUCAGAGCCACAGACUCAGAGCCACAGACUCAGACCCACAGACUCAGACCCACAGACUCAGACCCACAGACUCAGACCCACAGACUCAGAUCCACAGACUCAGAGCCACAGACUCAGACCCACAGACUCAGAGCCACAGACUCAGAGCCACAGACUCAGACCCACAGACUCAGACCCACAGACUCAGAGCCACAGACUCAGAGCCACAGACUCAGAGCCACAGACUCAGACCCACAGACUCAGAGCCACAGACUCAGCCCACAGACUCAGACCCACAGACUCAGAGCCACAGACUCAGAGCCACAGACUCAGAGCCACAGACUCAGACCCACAGACUCAGAGCCACAGACUCAGACCCACAGACUCAGACCCACAGACUCAGACCCACAGACUCAGACCCACAGACUCAGACCCACAGACUCAGAGCCACAGACUCAGAGCCACAGACUCAGACCCACAGACUCAGACCCACAGACUCAGAGCCACAGACUCAGACCCACAGACUCAGAGCCACAGACUCAGAGCCACAGACUCAGACCCACAGACUCAGACCCACAGACUCAGACCCACAGACUCAGAUCCACAGACUCAGAGCCACAGACUCAGACCCACAGACUCAGACCCACAGACUCAGACCCACAGACUCAGAGCCACAGACUCAGACCCACAGACUCAGACCCACAGACUCAGAGCCACAGACUCAGACCCACAGACUCAGAGCCACAGACUCAGAGCCACAGACUCAGAGCCACAGACUCAGAGCCACAGACUCAGACCCACAGACUCAGAGCCACAGACUCAGACCCACAGACUCAGAGCCACAGACUCAGAGCCACAGACUCAGACCCACAGACUCAGAGCCACAGACUCAGACCCACAGACUCAGACCCACAGACUCAGAGCCACAGACUCAGAGCCACAGACUCAGAGCCACAGACUCAGAGCCACAGACUCAGACCCACAGACUCAGACCCACAGACUCAGAGCCACAGACUCAGAGCCACAGACUCAGACCCACAGACUCAGACCCACAGACUCAGACCCACAGACUCAGACCCACAGACUCAGACCCACAGACUCAGAUCCACAGACUCAGAGCCACAGACUCAGACCCACAGACUCAGACCCACAGACUCAGACCCACAGACUCAGAGCCACAGACUCAGACCCACAGACUCAGAGCCACAGACUCAGAGCCACAGACUCAGACCCACAGACUCAGAGCCACAGACUCAGACCCACAGACUCAGAGCCACAGACUCAGAGCCACAGACUCAGAGCCACAGGCUCAGAGCCACAGACUCAGAGCCACAGACUCAGAGCCACAGACUCAGACCCACAGACUCAGACCCACAGACUCAGAGCCACAGACUCAGAGCCACAGACUCAGAUCCACAGACUCAGAGCCACAGACUCAGAGCCACAGACUCAGACCCACAGACUCAGACCCACAGACUCAGAGCCACAGACUCAGAUCCACAGACUCAGACCCACAGACUCAGAGCCACAGACUCAGAUCCACAGACUCAGAGCCACAGACUCAGAGCCACAGACUCAGAGCCACAGACUCAGAGCCACAGACUCAGAGCCACAGACUCAGACCUCCUCACUCCCUCAGGACCAAACACGAACCCUGGGGGGCCGAGCCUUUGCCACAGCCACCUGCUCAGUACCUGCUCUGUGGUUCACCCCUGCUCAGUACCUGCUCUGUGGUUCACCCCUGCUCAGUACCUGCUCUGUGGUUCACCCCUGCUCAGUACCUGCUCUGUGGUUCACCCCUGCUCAGUACCUGCUCUGUGGUUCACCCCUGCUCAGUACCUGCUCUGUGGUUCACCCCUGCUCAGUACCUGCUCUGUGGUUCACCCCUGCUCAGUACCUGCUCUGUGGUUCACCCCUGCUCAGUACCUGCUCUGUGGUUCACCCCUGCUCAGUACCUGCUCUGUGGUUCACCCCUGCUCAGUACCUGCUCUGUGGUUCACACCUGCUCAGUACCUGCUCUGUGGUUCACCCCUGCUCAGUACCUGCUCUGUGGUUCACCCCUGCUCAGUACCUGCUCUGUGGUUCACCCCUGCUCAGUACCUGCUCUGUGGUUCACCCCUGCUCUGUACCUGCUCUGUGGUUCACCCCUGCUCAGUACCUGCUCUGUGGUUCACCCCUGCUCAGUACCUGCUCUGUGGUUCACCCCUGCUCAGUACCUGCUCUGUGGUUCACCCCUGCUCAGUACCUGCUCUGUGGUUCACCCCUGCUCAGUACCUGCUCUGUGGUUCACCCCUGCUCUGUACCUGCUCUGUGGUUCACCCCUGCUCAGUACCUGCUCUGUGGUUCACCCCUGCUCAGUACCUGCUCUGUGGUUCACCCCUGCUCAGUACCUGCUCUGUGGUUCACCCCUGCUCAGUACCUGCUCUGUGGUUCACCCCUGCUCAGUACCUGCUCUGUGGUUCACCCCUGCUCAGUACCUGCUCUGUGGUUCACCCCUGCUCAGUACCUGCUCUGUGGUUCACCCCUGCUCAGUACCUGCUCUGUGGUUCACCCCUGCUCUGUACCUGCUCUGUGGUUCACCCCUGCUCAGUACCUGCUCUGUGGUUCACCCCUGCUCAGUACCUGCUCUGUGGUUCACCCCUGCUCAGUACCUGCUCUGUGGUUCACCCCUGCUCAGUACCUGCUCUGUGGUUCACCCCUGCUCAGUACCUGCUCUGUGGUUCACACCUGCUCAGUACCUGCUCUGUGGUUCACCCCUGCUCAGUACCUGCUCUGUGGUUCACCCCUGCUCAGUACCUGCUCUGUGGUUCACCCCUGCUCAGUACCUGCUCUGUGGUUCACCCCUGCUCAGUACCUGCUCUGUGGUUCACCCCUGCUCAGUACCUGCUCUGUGGUUCACCCCUGCUCAGUACCUGCUCUGUGGUUCACCCCUGCUCAGUACCUGCUCUGUGGUUCACCCCUGCUCAGUACCUGCUCUGUGGUUCACACCUGCUCAGUACCUGCUCUGUGGUUCACCCCUGCUCAGUACCUGCUCUGUGGUUCACCCCUGCUCAGUACCUGCUCUGUGGUUCACCCCUGCUCAGUACCUGCUCUGUGGUUCACCGACGGCCUCUCGCUCCGGUCCCUGAUAGCCACAGACUCAGACCCACAGACUCAGAGCCACAGACUCAGACCCACAGACUCAGAGCCACAGACUCAGAGCCACAGACUCAGACCCACAGACUCAGAGCCACAGACUCAGACCCACAGACUCAGACCCACAGACUCAGAGCCACAGACUCAGAGCCACAGACUCAGAGCCACAGACUCAGAGCCACAGACUCAGACCCACAGACUCAGACCCACAGACUCAGACCCACAGACUCAGACCCACAGACUCAGACCCACAGACUCAGACCCACAGACUCAGACCCACAGACUCAGACCCACAGACUCAGACCCACAGACUCAGACCCACAGACUCAGAUCCACAGACUCAGAGCCACAGACUCAGACCCACAGACUCAGACCCACAGACUCAGACCCACAGACUCAGAGCCACAGACUCAGACCCACAGACUCAGAGCCACAGACUCAGAGCCACAGACUCAGACCCACAGACUCAGAGCCACAGACUCAGACCCACAGACUCAGAGCCACAGACUCAGAGCCACAGACUCAGAGCCACAGGCUCAGAGCCACAGACUCAGAGCCACAGACUCAGAGCCACAGACUCAGACCCACAGACUCAGACCCACAGACUCAGAGCCACAGACUCAGAGCCACAGACUCAGAGCCACAGACUCAGACCCACAGACUCAGACCCACAGACUCAGAGCCACAGACUCAGAUCCACAGACUCAGAGCCACAGACUCAGAGCCACAGACUCAGAGCCACAGACUCAGAGCCACAGACUCAGAGCCACAGACUCAGACCUCCUCACUCCCUCAGGACCAAACACGAACCCUGGGGGGCCGAGCCUUUGCCACAGCCACCUGCUCAGUACCUGCUCUGUGGUUCACACCUGCUCAGUACCUGCUCUGUGGUUCACCCCUGCUCAGUACCUGCUCUGUGGUUCACCCCUGCUCAGUACCUGCUCUGUGGUUCACCCCUGCUCAGUACCUGCUCUGUGGUUCACCGACGGCCUCUCGCUCCGGUCCCUGA